UCGACCACUCAGGCAAGCCGCAUAACGGUUCCCCGCGGGUCAGGUGGCCGGCGCGUGGCCCAUAAGGCCGGGGGUUGGCGGCCAUUUGGGUUCGUACGGGCAGCGAAGGUGGCGGGAUGAGCUCCGGGCCAGCGAUGAGCUCCGGGCCAGCGAUGAGCUCCGGGCUGGGGCUGCCCGCCCCCGGCACCACUAUGACUCUGAGGGUCUCUGCCGUGGGCCUGCGUCCUGAGGUGCCCGUGGUGCGGCUGUGGGGGCUGCAGGGUGAGCGCAGGGCUGACUACACCCGCCUCAGGUGCGAGGUCCAGGUGGCGGUGGGGCCACGCAUGGCGGCUGCCCCGGGCCCUGCUGGGCUGGUGGGUGAUGAGGUUGAGCUAUGCCCAGGAGACCUGGCACUGGUGGAGGUGUUUGGGACAUGGUACCGCUGCUGCGUGGUGAGCCGUCGCGGCCAGGACUACCGCGUGUUCCUGCUUGACGAGGGCUGCACCAUGGUCACAUCUGCCUGUUACCUGGCGCGGGCCUGCAAGGAGCUUUUCCUUCUGCCGCCUGAGGUGCUGGGCUGUAUUGUGGCCGAUGUCAUACCCUCCGGAGGGCCCAGGGUGGCAGCCUGCGGGGAUGCACCGGUCUCCACCUGGACAGUGGAGGCCAUGGAGUUCCUCAGCCACUUGCAUGGCAAAGAGGUGUCUGGCGUGGUGCAGGAGGUGAUGACCCCACAGCUCAUCGUGCUUGAGGUGCCCCAGCUUGUGGUCCAGAUGCAGCACCUGGGACUGGCCAGGCAGGUCACUCGCAGUUGUUUUUGCCAGGUGCUUAAGCGCUGUCUAACUUUUGACUACUUAAGGAACCAGCUCAGGCUGCAGCCUCCAGCGUGCUCCCUUGUGUCUUCUGCAGUGCCACAGCUUCGCCGUAUUUUGUUCUCGUACCAGCCUGCAUCACCUGCUUUGGAUUACUUCUACCCACAGCUUCAGCUGGGUGUGACGGAGCCUGUCCUAGUGACCCAUGUCUCUGACCCACACCACAUCUACUGCCAGUUGCAGUGCCUGUCUCAGGAGAUCCGUUGUCUUUCUGAGACCAUGUGCCACAUGUAUGAGCAGUGGGAGCAGGAGUAUUUGCCCAAAGUGGGCUCACCCUGUGCUGCCCGUGACAUUGAUGGCCGGUGGUACCGUGCCCUCCUGCUAGAGCUUAUUGCUGGGGAGCAGGACCGGCAAGUGGCUCUGGUGAUUUUUGUGGACUAUGGCAGGAAGGAGACUGUGACCAGAGCUAACCUGCGCCAUUUGCCUGUUGAGUGUUUCCGUAUGCCUGUGGUGACUUACCCGUGCGCUCUUCAGGGUGUCUCAGACGGGGGUUGUGGCUGGUCUCCAUCGCAGAUUAAUGAGCUGAAAGCGUUGGUACUAGGCAAAGGAGUGAGCGCUCACAUCAGAGCCUUUAACUCCUUUGAGCAUCUCUAUUCUGUGAGCCUCUAUGGGGAAAAUGGCAUCAACUUGAACCAUCUUUUUGGGGUGCAGGCUUGCUGCCUGGUCAGAAGCCAUACACAGGUUGGCCAGACUGAGGCCUGGGAGCAGCUAGAAGCAGAAGAACCCACAGCUGAAGGACUGAAGCUGCCACCAGGAACACCUCGCAUCUCUUUAACGCACAGAGAUUUGGCCUCUGUACCUGGUGUACAUCUGAAGUUGGGUGUGUUCUGUGAUGUGCAGGUCUCCCAUCUCCAAGACCCAUCUGAGUUCUGGCUGCAGCUCCAUGAGCAUCGCCAGCUCUUCAGGCAGCUGCGGCAGAGCAUGUGGAAUUUUUACUCCCAUGCAUCGAAGCUGGACGGUGCUGGGUUGGACCUACAGCUCGGAUCCCUUUGUUGUGCCCACAGGAAAGAGGGUGGUUUUGAUCGAGCGGUGAUCACCAAGGUGCUGGACAAUGGGGUAGAAAUACACCUGGUGGACAGAGGCAGCAUGGAAACUGUAGAUUGGUGUGCGGUAAAGGAGCUGCUCCCUCGGUUCAGAGAACUACCUGCUUUAGCUCUCAAGUGUUGUUUGGCAGGUGUUUCUCCUCUGAGAGGGAGUUGGAGUGAAUCAUCAGUGUCUGCCUUCAGGGAGAUUGUACUGAACAAGGGACUAAAGGUUCGUUUUUUGAGCGUGCAGCGUGACAAGCAUAUGGUUGAAAUUUUUGGCGAGUCCCAAUUAGGAGAGAAAAGUGUAAGUGAACUCAUGGUGCAGGGAGGGUAUGCUGAGUACCAGAGGUGUGAAAUACCUGAGACUCCUCCCAAAUCAUCUGGUAAGGCUGUGAGCCAGGCCUCUUCCCCAGCACAUGCUGGGUGUGAAAACCAAAUAGAUGGAGAGAAGAGGCUCAGAAAAGAAGCUGAUCUGAAGAGAAGUGAUAGAGCACUUAAUCCUGACGUAGCUGUGGUGGUCAGAGAGAACCCCUUUGUUGUAGCCACUCGGAAUUCUAAAAGUAGUGAAUGUCUUCCUGCUCACAAAUAUGAGGAUGAGGAAAACCUGCCUGUACCUUUGAAACAGAAUUAUGUGGAAAUGAGGCCAAGUUUCUCUUACAGAGGUCAGUUGGAAGUAGGAAGUACAGUUAAUGUAUUUGUGUCCUAUGUUGAAAACCCUAGUUAUUUCUGGUGUCAGUUAAGUAGAAAUUGCCAUGACCUUAAGGUCUUAAUGGCUGAAAUUCAGGAGUAUUGUAAAAAUUCAUCCCCUCUGCAUGCUUGGCCGAAUUCUGUAUGUUUAGCUCAGUACUCGGAGGACGAAAAAUGGUACAGGGCUUUAGUUAUUAGUGAAGCUUCUUCUGCAGAGAAAGUAGAAGUCAUUUAUGUUGACUAUGGUAACAGAGAGCUGGUCUCAUUAACAAACCUCCGCGCAACUAAUGAACGCUUUCUGAGGUUAGAGGCUCAAGCUUUCAGGUGCAGCCUUUACAACUUAAUCCAACCGAAUGGGCAGGAUCCUUUUGCUUGGGAUAUGGAAGCAAUUCAGGCUUUUCAGGAGUUUGUUGAUAAUUCAUCAUCUCAGUUUGAACUGAAAUGUACAAUAUUUGCUUUGGCUUCCAUAAACAAUAAGGAGCUAUUCAACAUUGUAGAUUUAAUGACACCUUUUCAGAGUGCUUGCCAGUUUCUGACUGAGAGAGGUGUGGCCAGACCUUUAUCUCCUCAAAUGCCUCUAGUGCCUUUGCUUCAGCUUCAUUCUUAUUACUAUUCCAUGCAUGGUAUCAAAAUUGGGAGUGAGGAAGAUGUUUAUAUUACACACGUCAGUGAUCCGUGGACAUUUUACUGCCAGCUUGAAAGAUGUGCAGAUGCCUUAGCACAGCUUGCUGAUAAUAUAAGUCGCCUAAGUGAAACAAUGAGCAGCUUAGAAAACUCGCAAAAGUCAGAGAGCUUGUGUCUAGCAAAGUAUACUGACAAUAACUGGUACAGGGGAGUAAUUGUGAAAACAAAACCUCAUACGGAGGUCUUCUUUGUGGAUUUUGGGAACACAGAGACAAUAGAGAGAGAUGAUCUGCUUCCUUUACCCAGUGAUGCUUAUGAUAUCCUGCUUUUGCCAAUGCAGGCCAUAAAGUGUUCCUUAUCUGAUAUAUCUAAUGUUCCCAAAAAAACUACGCCAUGGUUUAAGCAAGCUGUCCUGGAAAGGCAAUUAAAAGCAAUAGUAGUAGCAAAGGAAUCUGAUGGUAAACUGCUGAUUGAGUUGUUUGAUGGUAAUACUCAAAUUAAUGCAAAACUGAAGGAGCAGUUAAGCUUAACAAACAAUACGGAACCCUGUAUGGACUUAGAAGACGAAACUUUGUGUUUCAGAAAUACAGAUGCAAUUGAGAGGAAGGAGGCCUCGGAGUCCCCUUUAAAUACAGGUAGGGCUCUUGAAGGGAACAAAAGCAGAUUUGAAGCCCAGGAAGGAAGGGAGAGUAGCAAAAAACACUUCAAAGAAGAUGUAAACCUCUUCCAGCCUGCUCCAAAUGGAGAUCUGGCAGCUGGAUUACUGGAGUCUGGUGAAAAGUUUAGCAGUAAGAAGGAAGAUUUUUUGUUAAAUAAAGCGGGGGAGGAACCUCUUUUCUCUGUCCAGAUGGAUACACAGUUAGAUAUUAAAUAUGAUGCUGAAGGCAGGUGUGUAACACCUGAUGUACGGCAACAGAAGGUAGUGCCAGCUCUUAAAGUGUUAGUGUAUGUGUCUCAUGUAAAUGAUCCGUUGGAUUUUUAUGUUCAGUUAGAAAGCGAUGAGGCUCAGCUUAACAGCAUUUUGGAAAACUUAAACAAUAGAACACAAGCAGAGAACCCUUGUGGACAACCUUUCCAAGCAGGAGACUUAAUCAGUGCUGUUUAUUCAGAAGACAGCCUGUGGUAUCGAGCUGUAGUAAAAGAGAAGACUUCUGACAAUUUGAUAAGUAUACAAUAUAUUGAUUAUGGUAACACUUCAGUAAUCAAUGUCGAUCAAGCACAGAGACUCCCCGAAGACUUGUUGUCUAUCCCAGCAACAAGCAUUCACUGUUUCCUAAGCGGACUUAAAGGCAAAACCAAUACGGACUGGGCAGAGAAAGCAGUUCUUUGCUUCAUCAAGAGAACAAGGGAUGUUCUGCUUACGUGUGAAUUUGUAGAGAAGUUUGAGGAUAAAUGGGAGGUUAUUCUCAGUGAUAACCAAGGUAUAAUAACAGUGGAUUUAGCUGAUGAAAGCCUUUCAAGUAGGGAAAGAUCUUGUUCAACAGAAGUACUUGAUAGGGAAAACAGUGACUUGGUAACUGUGUGUGAGCCUUUGCCUCCUCAGGCACAAAAUGAAAUUCCCAAUGUGAGUGAUUGUAAAUCAUUUAUCUGGAAGUUCCCAGAGGCAGGUCAGACUGUAAAAAUUUAUGUCACGCUGGUAAAUAGUCCAGAAUAUUUUUGGAGUUGCAGUGCUGAUGCAGAAGAUAUGAACUACAUAAAGCAAAAAAUAGAGGAAGCUGAAAACCUUGGACUACACUCCUUGAACUAUUGUGAAUCUCGUAUUAGGAGUGGUGAUAUUUGUCUAGCAAAAAGUAGUCAGGACGGAAAGUUCCGCAGAGCUAAAGUCAGCAACAUAAAAGGUGACAAUGCAGUUGUUCGACAUGUGGAUUACGGAAGCGAGGAAUCUGUAAGCUUGGAGGUCAUCAGACAGAUCCCAUGUGAAUUGCUCGAAGUACCAAAUCAAGCAUUUGCUUGCUGUCUGUCAGGCUUCAGACCCUCAGAGGGCUCAUGGCUUAGUGAAGCAAAAGAGAAGUUUUAUGAUCUGACAAAAAACCUCUUAUUGGAAGCUGAAGUUAUAGAAACUCGGGAAGAUAAAGCUGCUGAAGUCCCUCUGUCUGUUGUCAAGCUGGAAGCUUCUGGGAAGAGCAUUAAUGAAGAGAUUAAGUUGUUUUGGAAGGCUAAUGAAGGAAAUGGUGACAAGGCUUUCUCAAACGUUUUGAGCCCAUUGCAGGAAAACAGAUGUUCAAACAAUGAUAUGGGUCUUUGUCUGGAAAGAGAAGCUACUGCUCUUUGUGGAUUAGCUCAAGAAGAAAGUGUAAGUGCUAGGCUUUGUUCUGGACUUUUCCUGGGUGUGACUUCUGAGUGUUCAAAUACUGUAGAAACAAAUGUGUUGGUGGAAGCUGUUGACUGUAUGUCUGGGAAGGCUGAUGAUGGAUGUGAAACAGCUGAGUGUCAAAGCAGCUUUGAUAAGGAGACACCUCUGUCUGAAGGAGAGAGCGAAAACCAUGUGUUACUAGAACCAAUGAGAAGCUGCAGGCUCCGUGUUUUGGGGAGUGAAAUGAAAGCUGCAGAACAAGAACUAUCUGAAGUAGCGUUUCAAGAGGAUGCUGAGCUGAAAUCACAACUGGCAGGCAGUGCUUCAUCAGCCAGCCUUUUCCUGGGAAAUGAACCACUGCAAAGAUUGCCAGUGCUCCAGGUACAGUCGUCUUCGAAUGAUGAAAUGGGCACCUUAGUAGAACUGGACCAGUUACAAGUACAACCUUCGUAUGAUGAUCUAAAUGAGCUCAUACUGGAGCUAGAGGCUCUUGGAGUGCACUCCUCCUUUGGGGAAGAAAGGAAGGAAGCCCUGCAAACAGAGUCACUUGAAAUGCAGACAGCUUCAGGCAGUGGAGCAAGAGAGAAGGUAUUGGAACAGGAAUCGUUUGAGCUGCCAGUUGUGAGUGAGGAGACGGGAGACUUGGCAGCUCUGAAAUUUCUUCAAAUCUUACCAUCGCUUAAUGAGAGCGAGCACUUGGCGCUUUCAGGUAGCGAUGGAGAGAAGACAGUAGAGCCGAUUCCAUCCGAUGUUCAGCUUCUUUUGGGAGAGAAGGCAAAGCAAUUGGAAUUUAAUUUGUCUGGAGUACCUAAACCAGAAGCUAUAGAGGAAGAUUGGAUGGAAGUAGAGCCUUGUCCCUUAAGGCUGUCUUCAUCUGGCGGUAGACCUGAGCAACAGCUGGACCUGAAGACCCAUGACAUGCUAUCAAUGCUGGGUGCUGAAAUUGAGCAGCUUCUGGAACUGGUGCUGCCCGAUGUGCAGCCGACUCGGGAAGACGGGGAGGAGGACUCGUUAGGGUUGGAACAGGCUGCACUACAAAGUUCUGCAAAUAGCAGAAGUCAGUUUUCAUUUCUUACAAAAGACUUAACGAAUCAGAGGCCUGUUUGCGCUGGAAAAUCGUGUGACUGCAUAGUUGAGAAACGUAAGGAGUGGCAGAAGAAAGAUGACUGUUAUGUGGAAGAAUGGAUGAAACAAGACUUGACCGACUCAUUUAAAGAAUGUGGAAAUACACAUGUGCAGUCUUUAGACUGUAAGCCUGGGGAUGAAGAAGUAGGAAAAAAGCAAAAUGAGAACUUGGCUGACUGCAGUGCAGGACACAAUGACUACACUUGUAAUCUGAAGGGCUUUGCUGUUGGAUCCAAAUGUGUGGUGUGGACGUCUCUAAAAUGGUGCGAGGCUCGCAUUUUGGAGGUAUCCGAUAAAGGUACCAGGGUCUUAAAUCUCUCCACUGGCAACGAGGAGAUUGUGGAUCCUGAGAAUGUCUGGAAUGGUAUUCCUGACUGGUCUUGCAGAUCAUCUGAGGCAACAACCCCUGCAACAGAAAACUCACAGUUUUCACCAGAGGAGUCCUUGCUCCAAGAAAAGCAAACUGGCUGCAGUUCAGAUUUCACUGAAGAUCCUAAUGUCCUCUGACAUUCCUGAAACCAAGUGACAUGUUCACCAUGUGAAGCUGAACGAAUACCAGGGUACACAUGUUUUCAUGGGAACAAGAAUACAAAGCAAAGCAUUGAGUGUUCUUUUUCUACAGAACUGUACAAAUGCCUAUCACUGUCAUACCUCCCUCUCAUAUUUUAAGUCUACCACUAGUGCUUGUUGGUAGACUGUUACUGUCAACUUGGCUUCUUAUAGCUGCACUUCCUUUACUUUAAUAAGAAUUUGCCUUGACUGGCAUUCCUUACUGCAUGUGUGUGUGCACUGACUCGUAUCUAGCUGUUGGUGGGUGAUUCUUGAACAAAGGUUUCUUGUGGGUCGCUGUAUAGGCUACUGUGGUGCACAAAUGCUGCCUUCUGAUGUUUGCUUUCUGAAAAGUUCCAUUGUUGAGUGGUUUGGGGGGGGGGGGGUGGUUUGUUUUGGGUUUUUUUUUUUUCGUUCAUUUGUUUUCCUUUUCCUAAGAAAAGUUGAGGGUCUCUUUUUUGGGGGGGUGGGGAAGAGGUUGGGUGGUUUUGUUUUUUCUGCUGUAGGGGAACACAGCUGUUUUGGGUUUAAGUCUUGCAUUUGGUGCUGUUAUAAAGCAAUGGAAGAAGCUGGAAUAAAGCUUUGGCUGGCAUAUACUGAU